ACUCAAACGAGGCACCUCGCGAGUGAGGGGCUCAUCACUAUAGGGGAUUGACAUCAUAGAUUGACAGACAAACUACAUAGGGAUUGACAUUCUCUACUGUCAGCUCGGUUUCAGCGUUUCGUCGGAGUUUAUUAAAUUUGAAAAUCGUUUUCAUAAUUUCAUUUAAUAAAAAAGUUAUUUUCUCCUCAUUACUUAUUAAAUCAAUUAAAAUUACUGUUUAACUUAUGGAGAUAUUUAGUUAAUCGUUCUCUACGGUGUCCUUUUAUUGUGUAAACAACUUCGUUAGUAACCUCAAUAUCUUAUUGAUAAUAUUAUUAAUAUAGUUCAGUAACUUUAAUUUCAUCAAAAUGAGUUACAAUUCGGGUGGGAGUAGUGGUAAAGGAUUUGGCUUUGCUGGGUUUACAAUGCCGAAACGGAAUCCGUCGAACGUAUCCCUGCAUGCUGUACCUCCUCCGACAACUCCCAUGCACGCAGUUCCUCCUCCUACAUCAGGACUGUCAAAGCAGGGGUAUUCUACUAUGAACGCUAUUACUCAAACUGCUGUCACAGGCAAUUGGGGCAGUCUUGGCAAGAAACGUUCUAAGACUGAAGAUGAAUAUUUUGAUGAAGAUGAUGAGCCUCCUACCCCAGCUUUGGCCUAUAUACCUGCACCAGGGAGCCCUACAUAUGAUGCUGCAGAUGACGAGGAGGAAGAUCCUCUUGAUGCAUAUAUGGCAGGUCUGGAGCAGCAAGCAGCCAAAGACAUGGUAGCAAGUAAGGAAAAUGAAGCCAGUGGAAAGGGAGACAGCGGGAGAGGCACCAGAGGAGAUAUUGAUGAAAUGGACGAUGAGGAGAGUUAUUAUAAAUAUAUGGAAGAAAAUCCAUUGAGCAAUGCCGAUGAUGGAUCUGAUGUGGAAAUUGAGUAUGAUGAAGACGGCAAUCCUAUUGCUCCACCUAAGAAAAAAUUUAUUGACCCAUUGCCACCAAUCGAUCACUCAGAGAUUGAGUAUGAGCCAUUCGAAAAGAAUUUCUACACGCCACACGAGGAUAUAGAGAAACUCACAAAUGAACAGGUUGAAGAGUUAAAGAAGAAUCUGGGUGUUAAGAUAACAGGUCCGGACCCGCCGCGGCCGGUGAGUAGUUUCGCUCACCUCGGGUUCGACGAGCAGCUGAUGCGCGCCAUCCGCCGCUCCGAGUACACGCAGCCGACGCCCAUACAGGCGGCCGGCGUGCCCGCCGCGCUCUCCGGCAGAGAUAUCAUUGGCAUCGCCCGCACGGGUUCUGGUAAGACUGCGGCGUUCCUGUGGCCGCUGUUGAUACACAUCAUGGACCAGAAAGAGCUCGCGGUCGGCGACGGACCAAUAGGGCUCAUACUAGCUCCCACCAGGGAACUGGCGCAACAGAUAUACAUGGAGGCGAAGAGGUUCGGCAAAGUGUACAACAUAAGAUGUGUCUGUUGUUACGGCGGUGGCUCUAAAUGGGAACAAACGAAAGCACUUGAAGGUGGUGGGGCGGAAAUAAUAGUUGGUACACCUGGGCGUGUGAUAGAUUUAAUAAAGUGCAAAGCUACAAAUCUCAAAAGGGUCACAUACUUAGUAUUAGAUGAAGCUGAUAGAAUGUUCGACAUGGGGUUCGAGCCGCAAGUUCGGUCGAUCUGUGCCCAUGUGCGACCAGAGAGACAAGCGUUGUUAUUUUCGGCGACAUUUCCACGUAGAGUGGAGAGAUUAGCUCGCGAUGCCUUACACGAUCCCGUGAGAAUACAACACGGGGCGGCCGGCGAGGCUAGCGAACUCGUCACACAAUAUGUGCGAAUAUUCAAUAAACCAGAGGAGAAGUGGUCAUGGCUCCUUCAGAAUCUGGUUGAAUUCACAUCUGCUGGCAGUGUGUUAAUAUUCGUUACUAAAAAGUUAGAAGCGGAACAAACGGCCGCGAACCUGGGAGUGCAACAGUACGACGCGUUGUUGCUGCACGGUGAUAUGGAUCAAGCGGACAGGAAUAAAGUAAUAACCGCCUUCAAGAGGCACGAAAACAACAUUUUGGUCGCCACAGACGUCGCCGCCCGCGGCCUGGACAUCCCGCACGUGCGCACGGUGGUGAACUACACGGUGGCGCGCGACAUCGACACGCACACGCACCGCGUGGGCCGCACCGGCCGCGCGGGCGUGCGCGGCCACGCCCACACGCUGCUCGACCGCGCCCGCGACCGCGACUUCGCGGGCCAUCUGCUCAGGAACCUCGAGGGGGCCAUGCAGGAGGUACCAGAUGAGCUGCUCAGCCUCGCGAUGCAGUCCGCGUGGUUCCGCAAGUCACGAUUCAAGAAGGGCAAAGGGAAAAAUCUUAACGUGGGCGGCUGCGGAUUAGGGUACAAAGAAAGACCAGGUUUACCUCAACAUAGUGACGAGUCGCCGUCGGCAACAGUGGAGAAGGCUCACGGAGGUCCCGCCACGGACAGACUCGCGUCCCUCAAACAGGCCUUCCGUUCACAGUACAACCAGUUCACGGCGUCAACGGAUCAUUCGUGGGAACAAACUCGGGCGACGAUCCAGCCGGGCGUGAACGCCCCCGCCGCCUCCCAGCAGGAGCAAGAAAAACCAGACCGCGUACGCAAGAGCGCUGAAAUAGGUUUCGGUCUCCGAGGAAGUGGGCUGAAAUCAUCUUUAAAGUGUUUUUUAAACUUUAUUGUGCCGUUAGGGUUAUACUUAAAAACCCUCAGAUUCACUACGCAAUCUACUCCAGCAGAAAGACCAAGGCGAAUAGUAUGUCACUCGCGUAGGAUGUAG